GGUUGCGUGAGCCAGUAGUGUCACGUGGUCCGCCCUCUUCUCCUGUAAACAUCGCAUUCACCUUCGGCUAAAAGGAGGGCAGCGUCGCGCCGCUUCUUUCUCGUGUUUUAGCGAAUGAAACGUACACCCAGCGAAGGAGUAAUGGCUCGUUUAAGUCAGAUAUAACAUUGCGAAUAUGAUUAUGGCUACAUGUGUCUUGGAAAGCUUCGUAGUGCCUGGUUUGUUGUCCAGAAAGUAACGGUUGUCCUAAUCCGGACGAGCAACUCACCGAGGUCCGAGGAAAAAAGAUUAAGAUUAUUAAAACACUUAAACGAAGCGCAAAUUCAACGGCGAUUCAUAAGUAACUUUUAGAGGUAUUUUUCCUCGGUAGGUACUAGUGUAGUCGUACAAACAGAAAUGGACCGAGGUGGCUGCCAAAUGAGCGGCGGCGGUGGUGACCGCAGCGGGCCCGACCAACACGGGAUGAUCUCCCUGGAGGACCUGGAGUCUUUCACCGAAGACCAGCUGUCAGACUCGGACAACGGCAGCCUCAAAAAAGAUGGAGAAACCACGGAGGAAUACGAAGACCGACUGCUGCAUUACUGGCAGGACGUAGCGAGGGGACACCAAGUGGAAGUUUCUCAAGAUAUGGCAGAGCCCAUUCAACAGCUAACCAGCAACAACCAAGGACGCAGUCACAGAGAACACGUUCCUUUCACUCUCCUCGCACGCAAAGAGAAGUGUGGGGAGCUGCUGUAUGAGAAACGCCAAUACGAAAAGGGCCACUGGGCUUGUAUAACGAUGCAUAAGGACACAUAUGAACAGAGCAUCGCCUAUGGUUUUAUGAGGAUAAUGAGGUACAUCUGCCAGCAGAAUACAAUAGAUGAAUACCUGGGCAUGACGCUCCCCAUCGUCACAGUGGUGCGCACGGAUGAGAACCAUUCUGUGGUCUCCCAUGAUGUCAUUGUGGCAUAUUUCCUUCCCGCUGAGCAUCAGGCCCAGCCCCCACAACCUACUGACAACGAGAUCAUCAUAGAGCUCUGGCCUGCCACUACUGUAUACACAAGGGCCUUUACUGGGCCCACCAAUGAAGUGACCAUCAUUAAUCAGAUCAAUGCCAUGGCCGAGCUGCUCGACUCUCCUGGUGUAUACGUCAGCGGCACGUUCAUCGUGGCCGGCUAUACCAACCCUGCUCACAGCAACCGUCAGAAUGAGAUCUGGUUCCUAGAGCGACCCUGAGGGACGAGAGGAUUAAGCAGCAUCCUAUAUGUGACCCAUGAGCCUCAUAAAGACUUCCUUAACACUGCCGCAGCCCAGCUACAGCCUCAGGUGCAAAAUCCUCUUUAGUCACCACCUCUACCUGAAAUGACCACCAGCCCAGCACACUCCAGAUCAGUUGGGGCCUGAAAAAAAUGCAGCCUUUUCUUUACCCUCAGUGAAUUUUUAUUCAUGUUCAUUUAGAUAGAUUCUCAUUUCACCCUUUAGAACUGAACUAAACCACUGCCAUACUCUCGGACACAACCCAGAUACUAAGGUGAAGCAUAGCAUUCAUCUCCUGCUCUUACACUGAGAUGGCUAAAAAAGCUUUCGAACACAGUACUCUCUUGUUAAAAGUUGAAGUAGUUUUAACUCCUAGCACUCUGUGAACACGGUGACCAUUGAGUGCUGUCAGAAACAUGCAGCAGCCUGUUUUUCCACAGCGGAAACAGGUUUCCAGUGGACAUGCUCCUUUUCUGUUUGUUGCACAGCAGAAAAAUAUAGUUUCUCUGACAUCCUCUAGCUUGCUGAGGUGAGUUCAACUGUCACUGUUGAGCCACUGUUUUUUUUAUUUCUGUACUUCAUAAUUCACUACAGGUUACAAGUCUAUGUGAUGCCAGUCACACUGCAUAAACAGUUAUUUUGUUUCAACAAUAAGUGCAAUAUUUACCUGAUAACCAACAAUCAGCAACUAAGUUAUUACAGUUCCUGGGCCACUAACCUGAACCAAUGUAAGGGUGUGUUGAGUGGCUGGUAUGACAGGUUGGGGAGGGGAUGUGCAGCAUGCAAAACAACCCGAACCAGAACUGGUUUCUUCAACCAUAAAUACACUCAACAAAAUAGGUGACACUAAUAUAGAAUGAAUGUACAGCUACAGGGAGAGGGUAAAACAAAUGUUACUUCUACAAACCAAACACUGAAAAACUCACAGAUUUUACUGCUGAAGGACAAUCAUAAAAGUACUUAUAUAUUAUAUACAUCCUUGAUGCAAGUCAAUGCAUUCCUCGUGUUUCAAGUCUGUUCACACACAGGAAUAGUUAGUUAUGUACCUCUUUCUCAUGCUCUUCUGUGUCAAUGUUAUUGAGUAUGCAUUCACUCAUUCAAAUACCACUGCUGCUGGGUAGAGACAAUGCAACCAAGAAAAGACACAGCACAGAGAAUAUCUCUACUGUGAUUUACUUUGUUUUUAGUAGAAGAAAGCUCAAUUCUGUUUUAGUUAAAACUGUUUUUAAUGUUCUAUCAUCAAUCUAAAGAGAGUCUAUGAAGUCAGAGUGAAAGAAGUAUGUAUGUUUAUGUUCACUAUUAUGCAACAUAAACUAAGUGAAAUGCGUCAAACUAGCUACACCUAGGGUUCACAGUAAUGUAGGAAUGUUUCUGCUUUGGAAAUGUACAUUUACUGCUUGGGUGCCAGUGAAAUAAAACUGGAAGUGAACUAGCCAAAUCCUCACUGUGUGAGGAUUUUUAUCAGGACAGGGGCAUCCUAUGAAAUGCUUAGGCUUGAAGUUACUGAGACCUAUUAAAUGUGUAAAAUUAAAAGUGAAAUUAUAAGCUCAAAUUGGUUUUAUUUUAUUUAACACACAAAAAAAGUAAAACAAAGAAAUGAACAGUUAAGAAAGUCAAGCAGGUUGAUAAGAUACCAAAUGCAAAGAAUUAAUUUUGCAUUAAAUGAUUGUAGAGUUGAUAUGCUGUAGUGUGUUCACUUGCAAAGCCAUGAUACAUGUGGGUAGGUUUUCCCUUUAAGAGCCUGGUUAUAUAGAACAUCAAGUGUGAGGAUUUAAAUUCUUUCCUUUUUUUUUGCUUAUUUUUGUAGUGUUUUGCAAAAGUGUACUGUUUUGUGAAAAUUCAAGUGCAACAACAAGAGCUACUGUGGUUUUCUUUGUUCAAUAAAAAUGUGCUUGUCUUCUGUCUUUUGAAAUGUA